CGAUCCUGGUCUCACAUGAGAUUUGCCCUCACUCUCGUCUGGUUCUGAAGUCUGAGCUCCUCUGCUGACUGAAGGGAUGUACGGUCUGCUGUGUGAGAGUCUCCACGACUUCAUCAAAGAGUCGUAUGGAGACGACGUGUGGAAGCUGGUUAGAGAGAGGGCCGAUGUCAGGCUGCACUCAUUUGUCACCCAUCAGGUCUACAGUGAAAGUGUGAUUCCUCGGAUCGCGAAGGCCGCCAGCGGAGUGACGGGAACACCUUACAAUGAGCUGAUGAACUCCUGGGGCGUCUACUUUCUGGGCUUUGUCGGGAAGUACGGCUACGACAGAAUCCUCAAGGUGUUGGGCCGCCACGUUCGUGACUUUGUCAACGGCCUGGACAACCUUCACGAGUACCUGCGCUUUAGCUACCCAAAGGUGCAGCCACCUACUUUCUUCUGCCAGGAGGAGUCGGCCACUGGGGUCACCCUCCACUACCGGAGCAAGCGAAAGGGCUACCUGCACUAUGCCAUGGGUCAGCUGCGGCAGAUGGGGAAGCAGUUCUAUGACACAGACAUCCAUGUGGAGGUCCUGUCGGAGCAGAUGGUUGGUGACUACUCCCACGUCACCAUGCGACUGAACUUCGAUAACUCCGCUUAUCGCUACAUCAUGAAGGAGGAUGAAGAAGAGCAGGAGAUUCUCCCCAUUACCUCGGAUUUCUUCUUCGAAGUCUUCCCUUUCAACAUUGUUUUCAGACAGGACAUGGUGGUGCACAACGUUGGAUCAGGACUGGCAACAGUCUUCCCGGAUCUGGAUGGCAAAAAAAUCAACGACGCUUUCCUGCUGGCUCGCCCCCUGGUGGAGUUCACGUGGAACAUGAUCAUUUCCCACCCAAACAACCUGUUUGAAAUCAUGUCCAAGGAGCCAGUGAAGAGAGAGAGGAACCUCCACAAUCGAGUGCAGAAUUCCGACUAUGAAAAUGCUAAUCGCUCCGCUGACGUCGACGUUGAACUCAUGGCGUUCCAGUCCAUCAUUGGGGACGACUACAAAGACGGCAACAGCGCCAACGCCAUGGAGAGUUGGGGCGACGGCAGUCGCUGCCUGAAACUGAAAGGCCAAAUGAGAUACAUGCCCGAGUGGGAGUCCAUCAUCUUCCUGGGGACCCCUGUGAUGGAGAGUCUGAGCGCCAUGUUCAAGACCGGCCUCUAUAUUAAUGACCUCAGCAUGCACGACUCCAGCAGGGACCUGGUGCUGGCAGGCACGCAGCAGUCGGAGGAGCUCAAGAGGGCGCUCAUACAGGAGCAGAAAAAGUCCAGUAAACUGGAGGAAAGCAUGAAGAUGUUGGACUACGAGAUGAAGAAGACGGAUGACCUUCUGUACAGGAUGAUUCCCAAGCCGGUGGCCAAAAGGCUACGCAAGGGAGAGCCGGCGGUGAACACCUGUGAGGUUUUCCCAGACGUGACCAUCCUCUUCAGCGAUGUGGUGGGCUUCACCCGCAUCUGCAGUCACAUUACCCCCAUGCAGGUGGUCUCCAUGCUCAACACAAUGUACACGCUGUUCGACACGCUCAGUGAGAAGCACCGAGUCUUCAAGGUGGAGACCAUCGGAGAUGCUUAUAUGGUGGUGGCAGGAGCUCCGGAGAAGACCAAGUAUCACGCCCACAACAUCUGUGACAUGGCCCUGGACAUGGUGCGCUCCAUCGAUCACCUGAAAGACCCCUCCAAUGGCAACAACAUACAGAUUCGUGUCGGAAUCCACUCUGGCAUGGUGGUGGCUGGCGUGGUUGGACACAAGAUGCCGCGGUAUGGUCUCCACGGUGACACCGUCCACACUGCCUCUGCCAUGGAGAGCAACGGAAAGGAAAUGCACAUUCAACUCAGCAGCGCCACCUAUGAGCACCUGAAGGGAAGUCACUUUAUUUUUGAGCGGCGGGGCAUCAUUACCAUUAAGGGUAAUGUUGAAAUUGAGACGUACUGGCUGAAAGGAAAGAGGGACAAGGAUGGGAACGCUCAGGCAGCAUGUCCUCAGUUUGAGACCCAGACCAUCAGCAAAGCCAUCAGCAAAGCCACCAUUUUAGGACCCGAGGCCACCGGCGACCAGGGCGGCCUGGUUUUCCCGCUUGUCGCCGGGGAGGAGGAGGAUGAAGUCAAAUCCAUUCGCUCACACCGAAUCAAGAUGGAGAUUUCGGGUCAUUCUCUGGAGGAGUCCAUUGAGGAGUGUCGGGUGGAGGAGAUGUCUGUCCAUAAGUCACACUUUAAGGACACUCUGCUGGAUGGACUGGAAGACUCUCACCUGGAUGGCGAGUCCCCUGAGUUUGACGGCAGAGACUCCAUCAUGGAGUCCAGGAGCAGCUCCUGCGACUCCCGCUGCUCCAAGAGUGCCAUGUGCUCCGUGUCCUAAUUGGUGCCGGACUGCGUGAAACAGCGUCCUGGAGACUUUAACGUCACAUAGCAGAACUGGGUUUUUGAUUGAUACCUUUAGUGAGAAGCAGAGCACUUGUCUAGAUCUGUGCUUGCCGUAGAGUUGUGUGGAAUAAAAAUCAAAUCUAGUUUAAAGUCAGCACUUUAUUCAUGUUUGCUCGCUACAGAAACAGUGUCAUAUAUAUACAGUAUAUAACCCUCACCACUCAAACUACAAGUCCCAUAAUGCACUGCAACAGUUAUAGAUCUUUUAACAGAGGGGUAAAUGAUGUAAAGGCUCAGAACAUUCAAUAAACAAUCAUG